AUCGUCUUCAUUCCUCCCAAAGCAUAGUCAGUGUUCUGCUCACGCGGUCAUCAAUACAGCCAGGUAGUCAUAUUUCAUUGGAUACUUCCACUGUGCCAGCCACCAUGCGACUCGGCUCAAACACUGUGCUAAUGAGCAUGGCAACGCUCGUCCUUGGCGCCCGUAGAGAUUUUCCACAUCAUAGAGUGCUCAGUCGACAGGCGGCAGGUGUAACGGGGCAAUCGAUCAUCCCUGAUCUCCUUGAAGGAUUGGAAAAAAAUCCGGCACUCGAGGUCGGGAUCGGGAUCAACGUCAACAUCUCUGCUGAUCUCGACCUCGACCUCGGAGGCUUCCAAUAUGGUUCAGACAAGAUCAGAGGAGUGAAUCUGGGAGGUUGGCUCGUCCUCGAAAAGUGGCUGAUGCCUGAAUUGUUCAACGAGACUGGCAACGCCAGUAUCAUCGAUGAAUGGACUUGGGGAGAGUAUCAACCUCGAGACCAAGCGGAAUCUCUGAUGAAGCAGCACUGGGAGACUUGGAUCACAGAAGAUGAUUUCCGACAGAUCGCCGCACUUGGACUGACGCACGUCCGUAUACCUAUUGGGUACUGGGCCUUUCAAGUCGGGCCCGGCGAACCUUAUAUCACGGGCCAACAGACGUACCUGGACAAGGGGAUCGAAUGGGCGCGCGAGAACGGGAUCAAAGUCCUUAUUGACCUGCAUGGGGUACCUGGAUCUCAGAAUGGGAAUGAUCAUUCGGGUCGAGCGGGACCCAUCGACUGGUACAACAACGCGACCAAUGUCAAUCGGACUCUGGAGGUGGUCCGUCAGAUCGCUCAGAAAUACACCUUACCGCCAUACAGCGAUGUCGUGACGAUGUUCGAAUUGAUCAACGAGCCUUCCGUCUGGAUCUCACCACUAUUUGCUACAGUCUUGAAGCAGUAUUACCUUGACGCGUAUGAGAUCGUUCGAAGACCUUUCGGGGAAUUUGGACCGACGACAGAUAUCAUCGUAUUGCUUCAGGAUGGGUUCCAACCGAUGACUUGGUGGGGCGAUUUCAUGACCCCAAAUUAUAACGGAGGGGAUUAUGAGAGGGUAUGGAUGGACAACCACUAUUACCAAGCUUUCAAUCCUUCUUAUGGUCUAUUGGACGCCGCUGGGCAUAUCAAUACCACAUGUAACGAAGCUGGCGUUAACUUUGCCCAAGCUCAACUCCCUAUCGUUGACGGAGAAUGGUCCAUGGGACUCUGGGGCUGCCUCGCCAAUGACGGCGUGGCACAGCCAAAUGUAGGUACCUGCAAUGAUGCCGAUCCAAACUUUGGCUCUGGCUACGUCCGAUUCAACCGAGCCUACUGGGAUGUUCAGACACAAAUCUACGAGCAAGUAGGUAACGGUCAGGGAUGGUUCUAUUGGACAUGGAAGAAUCAUAUUGAUUCACCUGAAUGGGGAUAUCAACUUGCCGUCCAAGAUGGAUGGUUCCCUCAAGACGUGACGGAUCACGUCCACACUCGAACAGAGCUAUGCCACAUUGUCGUUAUCAGGGACGAACCACGAUGAAGCAUGAGUGUGUGCCUCGGAAAGACGCCUCUCAUCUAGGACUUUUAUGCAUAAAACGAUAGCCUACAUGUAUGCCCAGGGAGGUUGCCGCAAGCGGUGUUCAUCCCAUUUUUUGCCCGCUCUCUUAACCGGGCAUUUCCUUCUUUUGAUUCCGUCAUCGUUGGUGGCCAUAUAUGAACGGGCUCAUUAUACCAUAGGUUACUCCCCCUCUACCUCUCGAUCACUUCCAAUCUUAUAUAACAUUCUGACGCCUGUAGCAGCAGCAUCUGGUGGAUCGUGGUGCUCACUUGGAAGCCGAGUGGACCGAUUUGCCCCUGUCAUCUCUGCUUACAACCUUCAGUGACGGCAUAAUCACCUUCAGCACCGCUUCGCUGGCUGACUUUUUUUCCUUCUACCCUUUGGCUCCCCUCUUCUACAAACCGUUUUAUUAUUAUUUACAUCGCCUCUCGGGACACACUACAGACAACGCUCAAGA